AUGACUUCUCUACUUUCUUGCCGUAAGGAACCCGAUGUGACAACUUCCGUUUCCGUAUCUUCCUUGGAUAUGACCUCUGGACAUGGACAUGAGCCUGGACAUGGACACGAGCCUGGACAUGGACAUGGGCAUCAUAAAAUGGAACUUCCAGAUUAUAAACAAUGGAAGAUAGAAGGCACACCUUUAGAAACUGUCCAGGAGAAGCUGGCUGCACGAGGGCUAAGGGAUCCGUGGGGCCGCAAUGAAGCUUGGAGAUACAUGGGUGGAUUUGCAAACAAUGUUUCCUUUGUUGGUGCAAUAUUAAAAGGAUUCAAAUGGGGAUUUGCUGCAUUUGUGGUAGCUGUAGGAGCUGAAUAUUUACUGGAAUCCCAGAAUAAAGAUAAGAAGCAUCACUGA